UUUCCUCUAGGCCGACGUUUUCCCGCCAUAAAGUAGGAUUCACCGAAGUGAAAUGAGCCGCGAUUGGCGUCGCGGAACGACGACAGCGCCGUCGACGGACGGCAGAGAUACGAACUACUCGGCCGAAGACGGAGAGAGACAGGAGUGGAGGAGCGAAAAGAGAGGGAGAAGAGACGAGAGGCGCGCAAAGCGACCAGCGCGCGCUCGCGGUGUGUGUCUGUCGGUCGGUCGGUCGGUCGUCGCCGCCAUGCUAGUGGUUAGUUUAGUGAACCAAACAUCAUGAUGUGGCAAAACGUUCGCACGAGCUAAGGGCCCGUAGUAGCCACGCCGCGUUAAACCGGCAACCACCGUCGUUAUGUUAUCCACAGUAACACUCACGACGUUCGAUAAACGCGAUAACGCGAAAAGUACAAAAAGAGCACGAGGACGCUACGUUCGUAAUUAAUUCCGUGGCGUGAUGUUACUUAAACAGAUGCUGGAUCCGAGCGUGCUAACGGACCUGGAGGAGCUGACGCUUUGCGGUUGCUGCAAGCAGAAGUACAAUGACGCGGAACAAUGUCCCAAGUAUCUCAGCUGUAAGCAUUACUUCUGCCUGCGUUGCAUCGAGAGCAAUCUACUGAAGGGGCGAGAUCUGUUUUGCGCGCACUGUUGGAAGAAGACGGAUCUGGGUGAUCAAGGUCCGGACGCUCUACCGACUCACUCUCCUCUACUUGCCCUGGCCAAUAAUCUGUCCCGUCUGAAAAUCACGACGAACAACACGUCCGGCAAACCCGGUGACAAGGAGAGGAAGAGCGAGAACUGUCACACACACGGGAUGCCGCUGGCAUUAUGGUGUGCGACAUGUUGCACGGCGCUUUGUAGAGCGUGCGCGACUCCUCAAGAGCACCCGGGUCAUCAAAUUAAAUCGCAAACCGAUGCCAAAGAACAGCUCAUUUCCGACGUUCAACUGGAGGUGGCCGCUGUGGGUAAACUGUCGACCGAGAUUCAAAGACUGGCUAUACAGCAACGCGAGUUUCUGAUAAAGGUGCUGGAGUCAUGCGUGACACUGAAGACGCACGUGGAGACGGAUUUGCAGAACGGUUGGAGCCACUUUCCCGAGAUAACGGACGCGCGCGAAACCCUAGGCAAGACGAAGGCCGGCUUGCAGAUGAGCGAGACUCCGGGUGACGUCUACAGUUUGCAUUCGCAGCUCGUUCUAGAGAAACAGCGGUUGCAAUCAAAAUAUCAGGAAAUGAUGCUGCAGUGUCAGCUGGACGAUCUCAUUGGCAAUUCUGGAGUGAUUUUCGAUUUUGCCCUGCUGAAGCAAGCACUGGCGGGCAUUCAUACGGGGGAUCCGAUCGUUCCCCAAGGAGUGGGCAAUGGCGGUCGCUUGCCGAAUCAUCUGGCGGCCUCGCAGAACCCGAUUUUGUUCCUCGCAAAUUACUGCAUGUCGCAAUUGUACACGCGCCACGUCGUCAGCAAGCAACAGCACAUGCAGAACGGUUCGAUGGAGUACCAUCAUUCGAAUAUGAUGCCGCCGCAACAGGCGCCACCGGUUCACGUACACCAGGGUCCGCCGCCGCCGCCAUCAGGGCCGAAUCAGACUCCGCAGCAGCUUCUCAUUCCACCCGGUUCACCGUCCAUCAAACCCGUACCGCCCGCACCGCCCAACGCCAUGCUGCACCCGCAGCAACAGUCAACGUUCAUGUCCGAUACGGUCGGUACCGGUGGCAGUCUAGUGACCGUCCACUCGUCCCCGCAACCGCCGUCUAACGCGAUAACGGCGACGCUGACGCGGGGCCCGGCGAAUCCGUAUCCCCUGUACUACUUCAACAUCGAGGUGAACGGCUCGCCGCACGGACGCAUCGUGAUCGAGGUGCGACCGGACGCGGCGCCGAAGAUGGCGAAAAACUUCAGCGUGCUGUCGACGGGGGAAGCCGGAUUCGGUUACAAGGGCUGCUCGAUAUUCCAGUGCUGGGAGGGCGAGUCCGUGAUCACGGGCGAUUUUGAGCUUAACAACGGCCGCGGAGGACGAAGUAUAUACGAGGACGGCUACUUUAUGCCGGACGACACCAAAUUCCCGGCGGUCAGAGGUGCGGUCGGGAUGAGACGGACGCAGAAACGACACGACAACCUCGGCAUGGUCGGCUCACAGUUUCGCAUAAUACUGCAGGAGAUGCGCGGCUUCACCGGUAUCUUCGGCCACGUGAUCGAGGGAUUGGACCUGGUGGAGAAGAUAUCUACGUUCGGCGACCAGACCGGCAAGCCUACCAAGAAUAUUCUAAUCACGAAGUGCGGUAAAUUGUAACGUUUACGCUGUCGCUGUCGCGCGGUUUGUUGUAGCGUGGGGUAGACUCUCCGAGAAGAAGAGCGGAGUAUAUCCCGUAUAUACAUAUAUAUAUAUUAUUAUAUAACGCCGUAUACACGUUUUCCCGCUAUAGAUAACCGAAGGAAGGUCGCGACGGUUUUCCCGACUCGCGCGUUCGACCGAAGAGAAACCUAUACGUAAGAGAAGAAAUAUACAAAAAGAAACGCGUUACACGUAAUUACCCAAACGAUGGGAGACGAUUAUUAUUAUUAUUAUAUCCGCCGCGCAUAUUAACUCGGGGACACCGUCGCGACGCGUUUAUCCGCGAAUCCUCGAACGCUCCGUACGAGUCACGCAACUUAAUUAACUAUUAACAAUAGCAUCUAAAGAUGUCGAGUCUAUUUUUAAAUCGUGGGCGCGUGCGAGACGGAGAAAAAGAAAUAAAAAAAAAUCCAUAUUUUGCUAUUGACCGGGAAUCGAUACGAGAUUCUGCUAACAAUAAUAAUGAUGAUGAUCGAGAUACACAUACACAUACGUACCUCAGAGAUCGACCGUGAUAUCGAUACGACUUCUCUAGCUGAUACGACGUAUUUGUUUUUUAGGAAGAGAGAGGUCCAACGUUUAUUUUGGCUAUUGUCGGCGUUAACUCUGCUAAACUACGUUAUAGUUCGUAGAGCGCGUAUCGCGCGUCGGGCGUGAUAUAUUAGUGAGGAAGAAGAUGUAUACCGUGCGAUUUUGCGGUAGUAGAUUGCGAUGUUCUCUGCCCGGCUCCCGCGUGCGCAGCUAAUGUUUUAGAUCGUAGAUAGAUGAAUAAAAAAGGAAAAACAAACGUGUAGUACCGGAGAAUUUAAGUAUAGGAAAACUAUCGGGGAAACUAACCGAACCGCGUAUCGCGUUUAUGCGACGCAUAUUAUACUUGUGAAAAGAGAGGCGAUAAUAAUGAUGGUGAUGAUGAUAAACCUGUGCGCGAAUACGGAUAUAUUUGACCCUUUCGAUUUUUUUUGGUUUUUUGUGUGGGCGAAAGCAAAUCGCAGGUGUGGGCACCUUUGCGAAUUUAUGCUAAAAAUCGCGACUCGCGCGAUUCUAUACAAAACGCAAAGUUUGUCGUUUAGAAUCUUAGAUUCCGAAAUGAAGAAAAAGAUAUCGAUAUAGUUAAUCUCGUAGGAGGGCAAUUUGUGCGGUUCGUUGAACACGAUGUCGCGUACCGUUCCGUUCCAUGGGGAGAAAAGAGCUAAAAGGGAAAAGGGGAAAAAAGAGAGAUAUUCAUCGCGCGCGCGCGUCUUUUGCGAGGAAGUCUUGUGAUUCCGCUGCACGAAUACUGGUGGCGAAACUCGUUCCCUUUUCGUUCUUUGUCAAACUAGCGAACCGUCGUGAAUUAUAUCUGUAUUUAAGAUUAGAUCUCAAUACGUCGCAAAUGUAUGCAAGGCCUAACUACUACUAUUGUAGAUUGUAAGCCUCGUGUCGUCUGAUCGGAAAACGAACGAAGGAAAAAUAUGUACAAAUACAUAUACAUAUAUAUAUAUAAAUAUUUAUAUGUAUGUAUGUAUGUAUGUAUGUAUGUACAUUAAACAAAUCAUUCCUAUAUAUCGUACUACGAUAAUGUAAUUGCGUUAUACUACUCGUCUGAAUUCUCGUAAAUGAAGUCCCAUUAUGUAUCGUUA